AUGGUUCUCAGGACAUUUUACCUGGUUGGCCGUCCGGAGAGCUCAACCCGUCAGUUGGAGAUCGGUGAGCCCGCGGCGCUGGAAGACUUGCGUCCGGGGAUUGCAGCGGUGUACAACAUCCUCCGCCCGGCUGAUAUUCGCUUUCACAAGGGCGAUACCGCCCUGGAGAACAUCGAGAAUAUUGAGCAACUGCUUGUCUGUGAGGCCGUGGGAAUCACAAUUGCCGGUCACCCUGUCAGAGAACCGCAACAGCCGGUGGGCAUACCGGGAUUCGGCAAUCAUUUCGAAAUCUAUCCAGACCACCUGGGGAAUCACCAGCGGCUCUUCAAUAAGUACGGCGGCGUCAUCCGUACAGACAAUUUAGGGCGAGUGACCUAUCUUACAAACGACCCGGACAUCACUGUACUCGCCUUUCGCGACGGAGAGUACUUCACCAAGGCCCCAUCCGCUCCGAGCCACCCUUUGUUUGGGAUCCGAGAUGAAACGGCCCUCUUUCUCUGCGAUACGGACUCUCGAGCAUGGCAGGAGGCACACAGGUUCAUUCCUCCGAGUAUGACCCCCCGGGCAGUGCGACACUACACCCCGCUGCUGCAACGAUCGGUGGAGAAGGCGUUCCUGGUUCUCGACACGUUCGACGAGAACGGAGAGGCACUCAAUGUGUACCAUCUGACGGCAAAGCUCGCGUCGCAGGUCAUCUGUCAGUUGGUGCUGGGAGUGGACCUUCACCAUUUCGACGCCGUCGACAGCCCUAUGCAUCGAAUCAUCGUCCUGCUUCAGCAGUAUUUGACCCUCAACCGCCGCGUUCAAACCAAAGGCGCCUGGUACUCAUACCUUCCGUUCGGUGACCCGGUCGCUCUGAAAAACACUCGAAAGGAGCUCUACGGUCUGAUCGAGCAAGCUGUUAUGGCCUGCCGAAACCACAACGGAACAACAGACGACCUCCCCAUCCAGACCGCUGCGCUCCAUGCCUCCUGUCUGGUGGAUUACCUGGCGCGCGCCACCGACGAACGCGGCUGCAAGCUCCGCCAUGAGUACAUCCUCAGCAACACGCUUGCGCUGGUCGGUGCGGGCUUCGUCACCAGCUCCUCCUUUCUAGCGUGGCUCAUCUACUCUCUGGUGACCUACCCCGGGCAACAGGACCGUCUACUCCAGGAGCUGGUCAACCACGGUGCCACCCUUGACAAGAACUGGAGCUACGAUGAAAUCCAGGCAAUGCCGUUCCUCGACGCCUUUGUUAAGGAGACGCAGCAGAGACGUCGUUCUCCCGGCGGAUGGGCGCUUCCGCAAGGCUCCAUCCUCAUCCUGAGCAUCCCGCACCUCCACCGGCACGCGGCAUACUGGGAGAACGCGGAUCGUUUCGACGCAGACCGAUGGGCGACUGAGGGAGUCAGCAAUCGGCACCGGAGCGUGUAUGUGCCUUUUGCGGCGGGAGCGCGUGGUUGCAUUGGGUUCAACGUGGCUUUGCAGGAAGUGAAGGUGGCGUUGGCGGAGCUGGUCUAUCGCUACGAGUUUGUGAACGCUACGGACGAGGCUAUCGAGUAUGAUCCGGACUUCAUUGUGAUACGGCCGUUGAACUUCUACGUCCGGGCCAUUCGACGGUCUAGCUGGCCGGCAAGAUCUACUGCUUAG